CUGCAACUCGUUUGUCACCUCAGGUUAAACGAAGACAAGGAGAGGUCCCCGUGCCUGGCCGAGGGUCACGAUACAAACAGGAUGCUGGGCGCAAGGAGACGCAUCUUCCUGGACGUGCUGAUGGCGUGCUGGGGUCUCGGCACCUGGCUGGGCGUCAACGGGCUGUACGUGCAGCUGCCGCUGCUGGUGGAGCGGCUGCCCGAGGGCUGGGCGCUGCCCUCCUCCAUGACGGUGGCCAUCCAGCUGGCCAACGUGGGGCUCAUCGCCUACGCCGCUAUGAGGCGCCUGUUGCCGCGCGCCCCGGACUCUCCGUACAUCUACAUCCUCCUGUCAGUCGGCGCCCUGGCCCUGUACCUCAACUCCUUCCUGUAUUCGGAGACCGCGGUCCUAGGAGGAACGGAGCGCUCCGUGUCCUUCCUCGCCCUCACAUUCUUCGCGGCCCUCGUGGGUUGCACGAGCUCAGUGUUGUUUUACCCUUACUUAAGACAUUUCCGAGACGUGUAUCUCGCUACGUACCUAGUGGGCGAGGGUUUGAGUGGCUUCCUCCCGAGUCUGUUCGCCUUGAUCCAGGGGGUCGGCGGUAAUCCGGAAUGCGUUCUUUCCUCCGAUAACAAGACCAUGGUGGCCGUAUAUCCUCCCGCGCGGUUCAACUCGACCGUUUUCCUCAUCUUACUGGGAUGUUUAGCGACGGUCAGUCUGGUGAGUUUCUCUCUAAUCGACAAUCUAUCGUGUUUCCUAUCGGAGCGCGUCCGUCCGUCGGAGGUGGCCAAGGAGGAGGAGGCGAGCACGUCGGAGUCCGUGUGCCAGCCGUCGUGGCUGGGCGUGUUGGUAUUGACGGCGUGCCUGAACGCGCUGACCAACGGCGUGCUGCCGUCCAUACAGUCGUACUCGUGCAUGCCGUACGGCACCAGCGUGUACCACCUGGCCGUGUCCCUGGGCUCCAUGGCCAACCCGGUGGCGUGCCUGGCCGGCGUGUGGCUCAAGCCGGUCCGCGCGCGUGUGCUGGCGGCCAUGUUGUGCGCCUCCCUCAUACCUCUGUGUUACAUCAUCUCCACGGCGCUGCUCAGCCCGGCGCCGCCUCUCCGCGCGGAGACCAGCGGCCGGGUGCUGGUGGUGUCGUCGUGGGUGCUGGUGUGCGGGGUGAUGUCGUACGGCCGCAUGUGGGUGUACGGCUGGGCCCGGCGCGGCGGGGCGACCGGCAUGCGUGCCUGCGGGGCCGCCACCCAGCUGGGCUCGGCGCUGGGCUCGCUGGCCCUGUUCGUGCUCGUCAACUACACGCCCCUGUUCACUCAGCCCGACCUCUGCCCCGCCACCUAA